CAUAUGCAUUGACCUUUGAGCUUCUGGAUUGGAUGGAGGCAAUGUUGUUGGAGUGUCAAGUGUCUUUAAAUGACUUUUGCAAGGCAUUAAAUCAUAAACUACCUGCCUAUGUUGUUAGGAAGAACAUAUAUGCCUUUAUCAUUGAUUGUUUUGAAGAAUACAGAUAUUUCAAACAUAGAUUACGUACCUUACAAAGUGUUUGCGAGGAAAGGGAUUAUGGCAAUGUUUGUCCUGCAUGUCCUUCCGAUUGCAGUGAUUUUAAAGCUGGUAAUGUAUUACGUUCGACUAGUCAAUAUAAGGCAUUAGAUGAAACAGCAGUGUUUGGCAGUGCUUGUAGACAUGGUUUCCCGAAGCAUUUUCUCAACCUAAAGCAUGGGGAAAGAAUUGGAUAUGCAGCAUCAGCUGAAGAUGAUUUGCUUCAGAGAAUAACACUGGCGGUACCUGCAUUUCAUAUAUAUGGACACAAAGGUUCUUGUCAGCUUCAAUUCAGUCCGAGGCGAGUCAGUGGUUUUGGUUUGACGGAUGGAGAGCAACUAGAGCGUUUGUGGUCAUAUCUUCGCCGGUUUGGUAAAAUGACGAAAGAAAUGCGACCAUCUCAUAGAGUAGAUGUGUUAAGUGAUGCCAUUCUUCAUUAUGCUCAACACUGCAAAGACACCCUGGGUAAUCAUAGAUUUAAUGAAUGA